GCUGUUGAAAAGUGAAUGUUUGAACGUUGUGUUCGCAGCCUCCUCCUGUUUGUAGAUGAAGCUGAGCUCGAUGCAUUCCUUCGGAAGAGGGCCACAGAGAAGAUCAGUGAGGACCUGCGUGCCACUCUCAAUGCAUUCCUGUACCGGACCGGUGAGCAGAGCAACAAGUUCAUGCUGGUCCUGGCCAGUAACCAGCCUGAGCAGUUUGACUGGGCGAUCAACGACCGCGUCGACGAGAUUGUGAACUUCGCUCUGCCAGGGCUCGAGGAACGGGAGCGGCUGGUGAGGCUGUACUUCAACAAAUACGUGCUGAAGCCAGCGAGCGAGGGCAAGCAGCGGUUGAAGGUGUCUCAGUUUGAUUAUGGGUUGAAGUGCUCACAGAUCGCUGAGCUGACGGAGGGAAUGUCGGGGCGAGAGAUCUCCAAGCUGGGCGUGGCCUGGCAGGCUGCUGCUUACGCCUCGGAGGAGGGUAUGCUGACAGAGGCGAUGAUCGACGCUCGAGUGUCCGAUUCCAUCCGGCAGCACCAGCAGAAGAUGCAGUGGCUGAAGAAUGAGAAGCCGGAGGGGGGCAUGAAGGGGUUAAACCCGCUGCAAUAAUCAACCAGCGGGCCCCAUGUCCCACAGCUGACUGGGGGUGUGUGUGGGAGUCUGUAUGAAAGGGUCUUUAUGAUUCACCCCCAAGCCCGAACCCAGAGUGCAGCCCUACACGCUACGCUGAGCCCAGAACUUGAGCUCAGAUCACUCUUCAGAGUCAGGAAACUUGGGGUUUAAUCUGCAGCUGUUUGCAAACAACUGACCCUCGAGCUUCUGAACAGCUUCCGAACUGGAUUUGGGAUUCCCGCGUCCCAAAGUGAUCUCUAACAACUGGUGAUUUUUCUUAUUGUUAUUUGUCCUGAAUUUUAAAAUCUAACUGUUUUACAACCCUGGCAAACUACCAAUAGUAAUAUGUGAGGGCUGUGUGGGUAUCUGAUGUCUUGAGUGUUGUUCUGAACAAGCUGUGUGUGUGGGAGGGAGUCUCCUUGUCUUGGCUGUCAUGUGUCUGGUGCGGGGUGUAGAUCAUGCGCCCCUGGCCUCGCUGCUGGGUUUUAGGGGAGGGCAGGUGGGGGGGUAAUAGAAUACUCUCACUGAGCACUGAUUACAUGAAUGCCUUAACAAGAAAGAUAAUAAUAUGUGAAGACUGGACUAAUAUAAAAACCACAAAAACAAACAGUGUUUCCAUUAAAGAUUAAAUGCUGUCAUAACA